UGACUGAGCUGAAGAGCAGCAAGGCUUGCUUUUCAAGAAUGCAAUCAAAUAAAGUUAUUGAAAAGAAACAAAGGGCUAAAAAGAAGAUAAUCUGGUAUAGCAAUGAUACAGAUCAGCAAGAGAACAAGGAUAAAAAGAUUCCCAAGGUCAUACCUAAAGUUCAGAAGAUAUUCAGUGCAGAUAAUGAAGAAGCCUUAGAGUCUACGACUCUUAAAUCUUCAGAUUCGGAUAGCUCAUCAGAAGAUGUUAAUUUAAGACGAAGAAGAAGUGAUAGCCCAGUAAGACGAUUAAUCAAUGAUUCAGACAAAAGUAAUCUCGGAUCUCAACAUUCAUCUCAAUGCCAAAAUUCUGAGAGUAAAUCGAGUAAACUACUCUCAAAUAUUGAAGGUAUUUGUAGCAGGACCAAUAGUCUACAAAUCAGGUUUUCAAAAAGUAUGGAUUCGCUUAAAUAUCUCCCUAACCGUGUGAGAGCUAUGAAAUCCGAAAAUCACAACCAGUUUAUGCAGAACAAUAGGAUUCUUAAAAAACUUGAGAAAGACCUAAGAGACCUCUCCUCACGAGUGAAGAGAAUUGAGAAGAAAGUCAGCAUGAGCCAUUCUGUUCUGGAACAGAGGGAGAUAGUGAAGAAGAGGGAGAAGAAGUGGGCAGGGAGAAGGAAGGAAUGGGGGGACCAGGAGUGACAGUGGGGAGAUAUGACCCAGAAGGAGGUAGGGAGGGAUGGAGGGUUGGUAGAUACAGAUGCCAUUAAAGCCGGAAACACUCAAAUAUCUGUGGCAAAGAGGACUAGAGGCAGGAAAAAGGGCAAAAAGGUCACUAAAAGUCCAAAGAAAGAGCAAAAACCAAAAGAAAACUCAAACAAAAGAAUCCCGAGUCCUCCUAAGAAAUCAGGUAGGAAGAAUCACAAAAGAAAAGCUCCAAAGUCCAAAAGACAAAAGACAAGAGAGAGCCAGACCAGUUACGUUCCUCGCACAAAUCUCAAAAAAUCUCCGAACAAAGUUUGAAAGAAAAGAUCAAAAAUUAAUUAA